GACGGGGCCGGGUCGAGGCCGAGGUCGAGGCCACCAUGGUCGUGCGCCUCGUCCUCCCAGCCACGCUUUGCCGGCGCGGCGUGUGUCGUCUCAGCACGCGGCUUUUCGGGAGCGGCAACACGCGCAACGUCGGCAUCAUCGCCCACAUCGACGCCGGAAAGACGACCACUACCGAGCGGAUGCUCCUGCUGGCCGGCGCGGUGCACGCUGCGGGCGAGGUGGACUCUGGCGACACGGUCACCGACUUCUUGGAGCAGGAGCGCGAGCGCGGCAUCACCAUCCAGUCCGCCGCCACCUCGUUCGGCUGGCGCGGCGCCGCCGUCUCGCUGAUCGACACGCCGGGCCACAUCGACUUCACGGUCGAGGUGGAGCGGGCGGUGCGGGUGCUGGACGGUGCCGUCCUCAUCGUGGACGCGGUCGCCGGCGCGCAGGCGCAGACGGAGACGGUCUGGAGACAGGCUCGCCGGCAUGGGGUGCCGGCUGUCGCGUUUGUCAACAAGAUGGACCGAGAGGGCGCCGACUGGGAGUCCGCCGCCUCCUCGCUCGCCACACGGCUGCAGCUGCGUCCGCUGCGGCUGCAGCUGCCGCUGUACGAGCCCGCCGGCACGGCGGACGGCGCGCAGCACUUCGUCGGGGCCGUCGACCUCGUCUCGGGCGUCGCGAUGCGCUGGCGGCCUCGGGGAGCGCAGCUCGGGACGGGGUCGCGCUCAGAGGUCUGUGAUCUGGAGCUGACUGCUGCCGCGGCUGCGGCGUGUGAGGCUGCCUCCUCCGCCGGGCUCGCGCUGCUGCAGGCUGAGGGCGAGGCUGCCGUAUGCGAAGCGGCGGAGGAGGCGAGGGCGGCGCUGGUGGAGGAGGUUGCGGAGCUUGACCCAGACGGCGAGGUGGCGGACUUGUUCUUGGCCGAGGAGGCUGUCCCCGCCGCCACGCUCGCCGCCGCCAUCCGCCAGCUUGCCCUCUGCUCCGCUGCGGUGCCGACCCUCUGCGGUGCCUCCCUGCGCGGCGUUGGAGUCGAGCCGCUUCUCGACGCAGUCGCAGCCUACUUGCCGUCGGCCGAGGAGCGGCCCGCCCCUCUCCUCUCCCCCGAGGGCGGCGGCGGCGGGGAGGGCGGCGGCGGGGAGGGAGGCGGCGGGGAGGGAGGCGGCGGCGGGAGCGGCGCUGCAUCGGGCGUGCCGCUGGCGGCGGCGG